UAUAAGAAGUUCCAAAACAUGUUUUCUACUUGAUACUAUAGAUUAAAUGUUGUUAACUUAACUUCUUAUGGUUUGUGAAAUAAGUUAAUAAUUGUUGAUUUGCGUUCAUUAAAAAGGUAGAUGGUUGGAAGUAUAAUGUUGGGGUGUUUGGUCUGUUCUGGGGGCGUUAGAUGACAACCGAUAAACAUCGUAUUCAAAACAUAACCCUCUUGAUAUAGGGAAGGGUGGUUUCUCUUGUGGUUUAUUAUUGUUGUUGUUGUUGUUUGAUGAAGAAUGGAGGUAAGAAAUUGAUAAGGAAUGGUGGUUCAGUUGGGCUGAGGACAGUGGACAUAGGUACGACGAUGAAGAAGACGAAAUUGAAAUUCCUGAAGCCGCUGAGCGGCGUAUUCCUAGUGCUCAUCACCGUUUUCAUCAUCUACAUCUAUUUAAACUUCGAACGCGAACUGAGGAGGUUGAAGGAGGUGCAGGUGGUGCCGUCGUUCGAUAACUACCUGAAGACGAGGUCCGGACGCACCGCUUCGCAGCAGCAGCAUCGUCAGCAGGGCUUCCGCGGGGAGAAGAUCGUCCAUCUGGACCUGAAGGGAGCGCCUCCGAAAGUGGAAUAUCUGCGGAAGAUUUUACCGCUGUUCGCGAAGAUGGGCGCCACCGGUAUCCUGAUGGAGUACGAAGAUAUGUUCCCGUACGACGGCGACAUUUCAGCGCUGAAUCACUACAGCGUGCAGAACAUCAGCGAGAUGAACGCGCUCGCCGAUGAACAUCACCUGCAGAUCAUCCCACUGGUGCAGACGUUCGGCCACAUGGAGUUCAUACUGAAACUGGAGAAGUACAGGGAUCUGCGCGAGGAGACUUGGUAUCCGCAGACGAUCUGUCCGAGCAAUUUCCAAUCCUUGGAUCUGAUCCAGUCGAUGAUUGGUCAGGUGUUGCGUGCUCAUCCUAAAGCGAAGGCGAUUCACAUCGGAUGCGACGAAGUCUUCCACGUGGGCAGCUGCAACAGAUGUUACGACAGGAUGCUGAAGCACGGAUGGUCCAAAGUGCGUCUCUUCCUCGACCACAUCGUCACCGUUGCGAAACACAUCAAGCAAACGUAUCCGGGUGUCAAGGUGCUCAUAUGGGAUGAUCUGUUGAGGAACAUCGAGCAACCGGAUCUGAAGGAGAGCGGUAUCGCCGAUUACGUGACACCGGUCGUCUGGAAGUACGUGCCGGACAUCUACACGACGUUAACGCACAAAGUCCUGUACAAGUACAGCAACGUCUUUCAGAGCGUUUGGAUUGCGAGCGCGUUCAAGGGGGCGACUGGUAGUAACCAAUACAUCACCGACGCCUCUUACCACGUGGAUAAUCACGCCUCCUGGAUGAACGUGGUACGCGACUACAGCAUGACCAUCCACUUCGAAGGCAUCUUCAUCACCGGAUGGCAACGGUACGACCAUUUCGCCGUCCUCUGCGAGCUCCUCCCCGUCGCCAUCCCAUCUCUGGCAAUGUGCUUCCGCCAAUUGGCUGGGAACAACGAUCCGCCCACGGACCCGCCCAUCGACGUUGGCAACCUCUUGAACUGCGACAAACCGUACGGCCUGCUCGGCCCCAACUACGGUAACCCGAAGUGCUCCUAUCCGGGCGCCGAGAUCCUCGACGAAGUCUACAGACUGAAGCAGCUCAAGGACAAGUACGCUCAGCUUCUCGCCGAUUCACGCAUCAAAGGAUGGAUGAACGAGUUCAACGUGAGGCAUUCGUUCUCCAACCCCGAACUGGUGGAGAGCGGCACCGCCGAUCUGGAUUGGUUCAAGGGGCAGCUGUGGUCCGUAGAGACGAACCUCUGGACCUCAAUGGCAGACAUCUACGAUAACUACACCAUCUCAGAGUGGAUGGAGAGCUACAUCAGACCGUUCGAGGCUGAGAUCGUCUCGCUGUGGGAGAAGAAGGAAAAGCUGCUCAACGUGGACGUCUGGCCUCGACGACCAAUCAACUUCAAUAUCACCAAACCCUGACCUUCCACCUUUCGUAUUAUUUAUUUAUUUAUUUUCACGUCUCGUGCUCGUUUCAAUUAAGCCAACAAAAGGCGACCUCUUGCUCAAUGCAACAAUCAAUCUGUGUUAGUAGGUGAAAAUACACACCAAAUAAAUCAUAUAUCAAACCUAUUUCUACUUCAAUUUAGGCCACCUUCCACAAACUACUGGAUUAAAGUGGGAGGAAUCCAUUAAGGAAAAUACAGGAAGAAGAAAGGUGGCCGUUUUAAGGAAUGGUAUUUUUUCUUUCUUUCCAAAUUACCCAAAAAAUAAAUGUCUGUAUGUUUUGU